GUAUAAGACGGGUUUCACUGUGAACUCGAUGAGUUGAAUCCUUUGUUUAAAUGUAGCUUAAUCCUGAGAAAUCACGAAACCUCCAUAAUUUUAAAAUAUGCUUUAACUUAUACAAUAAUAAUUAAAGUGCUGUCUUUACUAGUGUCCCCAAAACUGCGUGGUCAAAAAUACGAUGGGAAAUAGAAACUCAUGAAAAAUGAUCGAGCUUGUUGCAUGCCCAAGAAAGUGAAACAGUAAAUAUCUAAAUCCACGAUGUCAUCAUCUGCGGGGCAGCUGGUGCCGCAGUCCACCCGGGCACCUCCCAACAUGACCAUCAAGUUCAACGGGCCCCACAUUGAGGGCUCCUUCUGCACCUCCAUUGAUUACAACUAUGACCCCAUCAUAAGCGUCAUUUGUGCUAUGUAUAUUGUGUUUGGGAUUGUUUACACAUUAUUUGGUUAUCGAUGUUUUAAAGCCAGCAUGUUUCUGACGGGAUUCACUUUUGGUUCGACAAUAGUGUAUUUGAUAUGUCUCCAGGAUCACCUAAUGCCACCAUACGGGAAUGUUUGUGUGGCAUUAUGCGCCGGGCUGUUAUUUGGCCUCAUCACUAUGCUGAUACAGUACGUAGGCCUGUUCAUGACGGGCUUCCACACGGGACUUCUGCUGGCACUUGCUGGACUUGCCAUCUACGACCAUUUUUUGGACAAUAGGCCUACUACGUAUUGGCUUUGCAUCGUGGCGUUGCUCGGUUCCGGCAUAUUCUUCGCGGUCAUCAAUUUGUACUGGAAAAAAGUUGUGACGAUUUUCGGCACGGCGGUGUACGGCGGCGCGGUGAUCGCCACGGCGCUGGACUACUUCCUCGAGAGAAUGAUGAUGCUCAAGUGGCUGUGGGAGCGCGCGAAGUUGGAGCCGGUGGUGGCGCCGCCGUGCCGUCUGUCGUGGCUGGCGCUCGCGGCCUGGCCGGCGGCCGCGCUGCUCGGCCUGUUCGCGCAGGCCGCGCUCACCGCCUCCGGGAUCUACCAUGAGCAGAGUAUAGGAGCGCAGAAGCGGCGUCUGAAGGCGCAGCAGACGCGGCCGGUGACACGCGAGCAGCGCGCCGAGAUGAAGCAGCGCAAGUACCGAUAUCUGUACCAGGUGCGCACUGCGCACGGCGACGUCAUAUCCCAGUCUUACGUGCAAGCGCUGCAGAAGAAGGCUCAGUGCGGCAACUGGAGCGGCGGCGGCGGCGAGUGCAGCACGCUGCAGAGCGACUCCACGCACCUGACCGUGCUGGCGCCGUCCGAGCACGCGCCGCCCACCGACUCGGACGACGACCUCAACCAGAUCCGGCCCGCUCACUAGCCGACGGUAAGCUA